GGGACCCAGGCACUGUGCCCAUCCCCCCUGCCAUGUGGGAACUGCGGUCAGCCUCCUUUUGGAGGGCCAUAUUCGCUGAGUUCUUUGCCACCCUCUUCUAUGUCUUCUUCGGGCUGGGGUCCUCACUGCGUUGGGCUCCUGGACCCCUGCAUGUUCUGCAGGUGGCUAUGGCAUUUGGCUUGGCCCUGGCUACACUGGUGCAGUCUGUGGGCCACAUCAGUGGAGCCCACGUCAAUCCUGCAGUCACUUUUGCUUUCCUUGUGGGCUCCCAGAUGUCCCUGCUCCGUGCCUUCUGCUAUAUGGCAGCCCAGCUCCUGGGAGCUGUGGCUGGGGCUGCUGUGCUGUAUAGCGUUACUCCGCCUGCCGUCCGAGGAAACCUAGCACUCAACACGUUGCACCCUGGGGUGAGCGUGGCCCAGGCAACCACAGUGGAGAUCUUCCUGACACUCCAGUUCGUGCUCUGCAUCUUUGCCACAUACGAUGAGAGGCGGAAUGGCCAACUAGGCUCCGUGGCCCUGGCCGUUGGCUUCUCCCUUGCCCUGGGGCACCUCUUUGGGAUGUAUUAUACUGGUGCAGGCAUGAAUCCUGCCCGCUCCUUUGCUCCUGCCAUUCUCACUGGGAACUUCACCAACCAUUGGGUGUACUGGGUGGGCCCAAUCAUUGGAGGGGGUCUGGGCAGCCUCCUCUACGACUUCCUCCUCUUCCCCCGGCUCAAGAGUAUUUCUGAGAGACUGUCUGUCCUCAGGGGUGUCAAACCCGAAGACUCCAAUGAACAACCAGAAGUCACAGGGGAACCUGUUGAACUGAACACCCAGGCCCUGUAGAAGCUCCAGCUGAAUAGAGGGAGUAGAAAGCUUCUGAGUUUACUUGGAAGGGUUGAGUCAGCCCCUAGAUGAAGAAAGAGACUGUGGGGAGGGGCAUGUACUUCUUUAUUUUUUAACUUAUGUAUGUGUUUUGUUUUUUUUUUUUUUUUUCCUUUUGCUGUGUGAAAUCUUUCAAGUUGCAUUCAUGAGCUGGUUGGUGCGAGCUUCCCUUCCUCCCCAUCCCACCUCUCUUCGCCGUGUGUGCUGAUUGUGCAUAUGAAUGUGAGUGAUUGUGGCUGUGUCUGAGUUUUGGGGCAAUGAGAGCUAAGGAAGCAAAAACAGGUGCCAUCCUAUACCUCCCUUCCUUGACCCAGUAUGGUGAGUACAGGGUAACCAACACCUUAAGUUUCUGGCCUUUACCCUGUUGCCAGUCAAGUGUGUGGCUCUUGAUUUCUGAAGGAACAGAGAAGCAGGGAGUUACUCCUUACAUGAGGCAGAUGGAGAGAAGUGGAGGAGACAAGGCAUUCCAAGGGUUAGGAGAAGGGACUCAAGGGAGGUGGGUGGUGAAAAUGGAGAUAUUAGCCCCAGAUCAGGAUGCAGAUGUACCAAAGAAUUGGGGGAAAGUUAAUGGGAACAUAUAGCCUACUUAUCUCAGGGAUGCUUGCCCCAGGGACUUGGGUGGGGAAGUAACUCUGAGAAAAGUGAACACUAGGAUUUGAGCUGUUCUGUAAAGCCACGUAAACCUGUCUACAUCCACUGACUGGUUGUGUUCAUUCUGGCAUAAUGGAUCUCUUCAGAGGUCCUGGGCCAAGGAGCUUCCAACCUAAAUAGGGCUUGGGCAAGCCUAGAAUCUAGAAAAAUUAAGCAGCUUAACUGGUCAGCCUGACAUCCACUGGUGUGACUGCCUGGCAGAUGGUAUUUAAGCCCUAAGGCCAACACAGGAAAUCUGAUUCCUGGAGCAAAUAAAUGCAGGGGUGGUAGUAGGGGGCAUGAGGAGAGAGGCUUUGACUCUGUUUUAAUUUAUUUAAAGCAAAUCAAAACACUCCUCAAAUGGCAUCUUUCUGCUUUUAUCACUAGUUCAGUGUUUCUUUUGUUUUGUUUUGUGUCUGUGUAUUUUUCUCUGUCAUCUGUCCUUUCAUCUUGAAGGAAAUCUAUUCUAACUCCCUCAUACCCCAGAAAUUGAUUCCUUCUAUUCAAAUGCUUAAUAAUUCAGGAGAUUA